UUUGAAUAGUCAGAACUUGUAGACCUGGCUGAAAACAUCCAGCAGAAACUUUCUUAUUUUAAUGAGCUGGAAAAUGUUAGCACAAAAUUGAACUCCCCUACGCUAUCUGUGAACAGUGAAGGAUUCAUUCCCAUGCUGGCUAAGCUUGAUGAUUGUAUUGCAUAUAUUUCUUCACAUCCAAAUUUUAAAGAUUAUCCUGUGUAUCUGACAAAGUUUAAGCAAUGCCUUUCUAAAGCUAUGCACCUGAUCAAGACGUACACUGUGAACACACUACAGAACCUCACAAGCCAGUUAAUGAAAAGGGAUCCUUCAGCUGUGCCAAAUACUGAUAACGCCUUCACACUGUUUUAUGUGAAAUUCAGAGCAGCUGCCCCCAAAGUCAGAACUCUUAUUGAGCAAAUAGAGCAAAGAUCUGAGAAAAUGCCAGAGUAUCAACAACUUCUCAAUGAAAUCCAUCAGUGUUACCUUGACCAGAGGGAGCUUUUGCUUGGUCCAAGUAUCGCUAGCACUGUUACAGAAUUAACCAGUCAGAACAACAGAGAUCAUUGUGCUCUGGUGCGAAGUGGUUGUGCCUUUAUGGUCCACGUAUGCCAGGAUGAACACCAGCUUUACAAUGAGUUCUUCACAAAGCCAACACCAAAACUGGAUGAACUCUUGGAGAAGUUGUGUCUUUCCUUAUAUGAUGUUCUGAGGCCAAUGAUCAUCCACGUUAUUCACUUAGAGACUCUGUCUGAACUCUGUGGGAUUCUCAAAAAUGAGAUGCUUGAAGAUCAUGUACAAAACAAUGCUGAACAACUGGGUGCAUUUGCUGCUGGUGUCAAGCAGAUGUUAGAGGAUGUACAAGAGCGUCUUGUCUACAGGACGCAUAUUUACAUUCAGACUGAUAUCAUAGGCUACAAGCCAGCUCCAGGGGAUCUUGCAUAUCCCGACAAGUUGGAAAUGAUGGAGCAAAUUGCACAGAGCUUAAAAGAUGAACAGAAGAAGCUGCCAUCUGAAGCUUCAUUUUCAGAUGUCCGGCUAGAAGAUCCGGAGUCCUGCAGCUUAGUUAAAUCUGGUUCGGCGGAAUCUCUUAAUCCCAGGCACCAGACGACGAUUUCACCAGCAGAUCUGCAUGGGAUGUGGUAUCCUACUGUCAGAAGGACUCUAGUGUGCCUCUCCAAACUGUACAGAUGCAUAGAUAGGGCAGUGUUUCAGGGAUUAUCGCAAGAGGCUUUAUCUGCCUGCAUUCACUCGCUGCUGGGAGCUGCAGAUUCUAUCAGCAAAAAUAAGACCCAGGUUGAUGGACAACUUUUCUUAAUAAAACAUCUUUUGAUUCUUCGUGAACAAAUUGCUCCUUUCCACACUGAAUUCACCAUUAAGGAAAUUUCCCUGGACCUUAAGAAAACUAGAGAUGCAGCAUUUAAAAUCCUGAACCCAAAGACAGUUUCAAGAUUUUUUAGGCUAAACAGCAACAACGCCUUGAUACAGUUCUUACUGGAGGGUACUCCAGAAAUCAGAGAACAUUAUAUUGACUCUAAAAAAGAUGUAGAUCGUCAUCUGAAAUCAGCCUGUGAGCAGUUUAUUCAGCAGCAGACCAAGCAGUUUAUAGAGCAGCUGGAGGAGUUCAUGACAAAGGUGGCUGCUUUAAAAACAAUGGCCACGCAAGGAGGUCCCAAGUACAGCCUUUCCCAGCAACCUUGGGCGCAGCCAGCAAAGGUCAAUGAUCUGGUCUCUUCCACUUACAAGACAAUAAAAACAAAGCUGCCAUCAACGUUACGAAGCAUGUCAUUAUACUUGUCCAAUAAAGAUACGGAAUUCAUUUUGUUUAAGCCAGUCAGGAAUAACAUUCAGCACGUGUUCCAGAAACUCCAUGCUUUGUUAAAGGAAGAAUUUAGUAAUGAAGAUCUCCAGAUCAUAGCUUGUCCUUCAAUGGAACAGGUGAACUUACUUUUAUCGAUGUCUAAAUAGCCCAACAGUGAGGCUGCUUGAAGUAAAUUUCAACUGAAUGCCAAGCAGUGAAGGGGAUGUGAAGAUGUUUGUUUGGAGUAAACAAAGGAUCCCACUGUGCAGUCCAGUCUGCAUUAAAACUCUGCUGGUUAACUCUGAUUUACGGGGGGGGAAAAAAAUUAGUUCUUUAAACUCCUUGAUGGUCUUGCUGUUUGAUGGCUUUAGUAGAGGAGGAUCCUUUGCUGGUCAUUCUUGUGCAAGCUCAAUUACUGCCUUUUCCAGUCACAGAAAUCUUCAAGGUGGGAAUUCUGUUGUUUGUUUGUUUGUUUUAAAAAAAAAUUCUUUCAUGUUUUCCUUUAAUAAGCUGAUGUAUUCAGUGAAAAGCAGCACUUUUCAAAGACACUGUAAAUAAAGUGCAGGAAAUCAAAUGGAGAAGGGAGUAGGUAUUUGCAGGGCUUUAGAGAUAAACACAUUGGAUAUGUCAACUUGAUUUUUGUAGGCAUGCUCCAGUUUUUUUUAACCCCUCUGAGAAUCCUGGUAAUCCACCAUGUGCUUGAACGUUAUUCAGAGGUUGUUAGUUGGGAAGACUUUAUUUUCCAUGAACUUCCUGAAACAGCUGAUAUGUUAAUUCUUUUUAUAUUCUCGUGAUUGGGGAGCUGUGAGGUCUGACCUGAAGGGUCAUGCUCUAACCUAUUCCAUGUAAAGAAUCUCAAAUGCCUGGGAUUUGCAAUGGAAAGCUGUGCAAUAUAAUCUCUGUUGUUUCUGAGGGAACUGUGUUUUCAGAUUCUUUACAGUAAAGGCAAGCAUUGAGCUUCUCAGGUGCACUGCAGUUUCAGGUUAGAGUUUUUUCCUUUGCCUUACCGAAGAUCAAACGGUGUGUUGUGGUGUUCAAAGUGGGCUGCUGUCGUCACGGUGGAGCAGGGAUGGGACAGAAGCUUGUAUGCUGGAAUAAAUGUUAAUACAAGUGGGGGGAUGCCAGAAAUAAAUGUGAAAGCACCAUCAAAUCACCAUGGUGAACAGGGGGAUAAGAGAAACACUCAGUAACUGGUAAACAAUGCACUGUGUUUGUUUCAGUAUACAUUAAUUGGUACACUGUUUCAGAAAGCUGAAUGCUAAAUGUUUGUCCAUUAAGAGAAUGAAACAUUAAAAGCGGCUUUAGAGUAUCUCAGUGCAUAAGUCUGUCUUGUACAGCACUGCAAAAAAAAAAAAUAUGGUGACUUACCUGGCAGAUUUUUUUAACUUAUUUAUAAAACCUGUUCUAGAGUUUGAAUUAUGUUGAAUUUUCCAUGCACAUUAGUGAUGUUUUGAUAUAACAGUUUUGCUGUUAUAAAUCAAAUGGCUGGAGACUCAAAUGUUAGGAUUUAAAGCUACCAAGAGAAGUGUUGCAGCAAUGGUGCUGAGGUACAUAAAUGGUACUUAUAGGACCUUCCAUAACUCCUUAAAAUUAACUAAAGGAACUAACGAGGAAGAAAACUUACCCUUUCUUUUUACUUUUAUGUAGAAAUAUAGGCUGUAAAAUAAUGUCCAAUGCCUUGUAAUAUAUGUAUAUUUGAGGUUUUUAUAAAGUUUUACAGAAGGAUUGCAUGAUCGCUGUACAGAGUUAUGACUGAUUUAAUACAUUGUACAGAAAAGAUGUGAAGGGUGAACCAUUACAGUAGUCUCUCGUGUGUGGAAUCUUUUCACCUCUAGAGCACCCAGACAGCUCUAGGCCUGCUGGUUGAAAGAUUAGAAGGGCAGUUAAUUUUUACAGCCUGUUUGCUAUAUGAACAUUUGUUUAAACAUGUACAGUUUCAGAUAUUUACGUUUACAAAUAGUGUAAAUACUUUCAAAAGAUUAAUUUAAGAUGCUUUAUAUUAUCUGACUAGAAACGUAAUGUUUUUAAUUUUUUUAAAUAAAAAUGUUGCCUCUUAUUUUGGUCCAAGAGUAAAGCUUUAUUCUGUAUCCUGAGGCUUCUCUGUCAAGAUAACUGUAAUAGAAAGACAAUAAAAGUUCUGUAAGCACACACAGUGCUUUAUUAGAAAAAAAAAAUGUCCUUUUUUUAGCAAUAAGAGAAUUGGCUUUAUCUGGCAUAGAUAUAUCCCUGAGUGCUGAACGUACAGCUAAUUGUUAAAGUAAUCCCUCUUUAUGGUCAUAAUAAAAGGAAAUUUGUACU